CGGCUUCCGUCGCAGCUGAUUGCCUGUCAGAAGCGACCGCUCCGCCCAGAGGCGACGAUACGACCAGGGUUACGUAGCUGGGCGGCCCGGGGUGUGGAUAGAGGCAGAAGGAAGAGGGGAAAAUAACAAGAUCCAGGGAGAAGGGAAGAGACGGGAGGUGGAAAAUGGACGAACCUGGGCUUGUCAUAUUGUAUUGCCGGGCCCUGUGACACAGACGCGCUCCUGGGCAACGAGUGUAGCUGGAGUCGCCUGAGUUAGGCCCUGAGAUCAUGGAGAUGAACGAGCAGAAUGGAAAAUUAUCUGCUGAAGUAGAGCCCUUUGUCCCUCAAAAGAAGGGGGCAGAAGCACUUGCAAUACCCAUGGCCCUUCCUAGUGACGGUGGCAGUGUAGGUGGACUGGAAGCUACUCCUAUUCCGAGUUACCUUAUAACUUGUUAUCCAUUUGUUCAAGAAAAUCAAUCGAAUAGACAAUUACCGCCAUAUAACAAUGAUAUUCGGUGGCAGCAGUCAAACUCAAGCCCAGCUGGGCCCUACCUUGCUUACCCCAUUAUAUCUACUCAACCCCCUGUGUCUCAAGAGUACAUGUAUUAUCAGUUGAUGCCAGCACCGUGUGCUCAAGUUAUGGGAUUCUACCACCCAUUUCCAACUCCCUACAACACUCCUCUGCAAGGAACUAAUGCACUAAAUGCAGUUUCUGUAGACUGCAGUGAGCGGGCAAGCCAGCAGAGCCAGAUAAAUAUCCUGACCAGUCAAAGAAACAGGAAUACCAGAGCACCACUUAUCCCCAAACCACAACAGGCAUUACCACAACCCAAGUUCAAGAGACCUCCCAUGAAGAGCGUGGCCAUUCAGAAAGAAACCUGUGCUUCAGGCCCAGACACAAGAUCUAAAAUAGUUCUCUUAGUAGAUGCCUGUCAACAAACAGGUAAAGAAUGUCAAGAUUUCCCAAAUGAAAUCGCAAACAAAACUCUCUGCGAAAGCAUCGGUGCAACACCCUGGAAGUCAAAGGGCAGACGCACAAGGUCAUCGCACCCUGCUGCAGAGUCAUCAAGUGAACAGGGAGCCAGUGAAGCCGAUAUCGACAGUGACAGCGGCUAUUGUAGUCCGAAGCAUUGCCAAGCUGCAGCAAUGUGUACGAGGCAUGCUGAUUGUGGCGCAGUCAGUAUUUCGGAUCCAGCAGUAUCUGCAGCUGGUGGGAGCUGGGCCAGUGUAGCUUCUCAGGCAACACAGAAAAGAUCCUGGAAUGAAAAAGUACAAACAUUUUCUAGAGGAGCAAGACAGACUGAAAUACAAAACACUGCACAGCUUGGAUAUCGCUUAAGAGGGCAGAGUACAUCUUCAGAGAGAAGGCAUAAUUUGCAAAGGAAACAGGAGAACAAGACAGGAAGUACAACUCCACUUAAAUCUGGACAAAGCCCAGAUCAUCUUUAUUAUGAGGAUGAGGAUGAAUUUCCAGAGCUUAACAGCAGCAAUUGCGCUAGAAAUGACAAUGCACAGACAAAGUUACCAGCCAAAGCGCUGAACGGUUUGCCUGAAAAUUCACCAAUUAAUAUUGUUCAAACACCAAUUCCAAUCACCACUUCUGUACCAAAGAGAGCCAAAAGUCAGAAGAAAAAGGCCCUUGCAGCUGCACUGGCCACUGCACAGGAAUAUUCAGAAAUUAGUAUGGAACAGAAAAAGCUCCAGGAAGCCUUGUCCAAGGCAUCGGGAAAGAAAAGCAAGACUCCUGUGCAGCUGGACUUGGGAGAUAUGCUAGCAGAACUGGAGAGACAGCAACAAGCAAUGAAAGCUCGUCAGAUCACCAAUACCAGGCCUUUAUCUUAUACAGUUGGUAGUGCUGUCCCAUUUCACAUCAAAGAACAUACAAACAGAAAUAUGUUUACAAAGGCACAGUCAGUAACGGGUUCACCCAACCCUUUGGAUUCCACUGCUCCUCGAGUCAAAAGGGGAAAAGAAAAGGAAGUCCCAAAGUUAAAACGCCCCACUGCACUUAAAAAGAUCAUCCUUAAAGAAAGAGAAGAAAAGAAAGGCCGUUUACCUGUAGAUCCAAGUGUCUUGGAGUCAGAGGAACAAAAAGAUGCUUUAAGUUUUGCAGAUGAGCAGUUGGAGGAGGUAGCAUCACAAGAAGAAGCAGGGCUGAGUGCUCCAAGUGAUACCUCUCUAUCUCCAGCAAGUCAAAACUCCCCCUACUGUAUGACUCCGGUAUCUCAAGGCUCACCAGCCAGUUCAGGCAUAGGCAGCCCCAUGGCAACUUCAACCUUAACCAAAAUUCACAGCAAGAGAUUCAGAGAGUAUUGCAACCAAGUUUUGAGUAAAGAAAUAGAUGAAUGUGUAACAGUGUUAUUGCAAGAACUUGUCAGCUUUCAAGAGCGUGUUUACCAAAAAGAUCCUGUGAAAGCAAAGUCAAAGAGGCGACUUGUUAUGGGAUUACGAGAAGUUACCAAACACAUGAAGUUAAAUAAAAUAAAAUGUGUGAUCAUUUCACCAAACUGUGAGAAAAUUCAGUCAAAAGGUGGACUGGAUGAAGCACUGUAUAAUGUUAUUGCUAUGGCCAGGGAACAAGAAAUUCCUUUUGUUUUUGCUCUUGGUAGAAAAGCAUUAGGGCGAUGUGUAAACAAACUGGUUCCUGUUAGUGUUGUAGGAAUCUUCAGUUAUUCUGGUGCUGAGAAUUUAUUUCAUAAUCUGGUGUCACUGACUGAGGAAGCCAGGAAAGCCUACAAGGACAUGGUUUCUUCAAUGGAGCAAGAACAAGCUGAAGAAGCUUUGAAGAACAUUAAAAAGGUUCCUCACAUGGGUCACUCUCGCAAUCCAUCUGCAGCAAGUGCAAUUUCCUUCUGCAGUGUUAUCUCUGAGCCCAUUUCAGAGGUGAAUGAAAAGGAUUAUGAAACAAAUUGGCGAAAUAUGGUGGAAACAUCUGAUGGGCUUGAGACUUUAGAAAAUGAAGAGUGUUCAGUCAGAACUACAGGGUCAGAGCAAGCAGCCAGUGCACCAUCGGAGCUAAAUAACACACAAAAGCAACAACCGAAAACUGACAGUAGUACUACCUCAUCAGCUACCCUUGAGAAGCAAGCUCCUGUUGACAAGGAAGAGGUAAAACAAGAUGACAAUCUUGAAUGGGCUUCACAGCAGAGCACUGAAACUGGAUCAUGGGAUGGGAGUGGCAGAGAUGUUCUCAAUUCAUCUAUGACUAGCACAGCAAGCACAUUGGUACCAGAAAUGCUUGAGGAAGAUGAGGAUGAAGAAGAGGAUGAUGAGGAGUAUCCUCAAGAACCUAUUUCAGUGAGCAGAAUAGAAUCUUGGGUCUCCGAAACCCAGAGAACUAUGGAAUCCCUCCAGCUUGUAAACUCAAACAGCCCUGAGGAGGAUAAUAUUGAACAUAGUGAAGAGGAUGAGGUAGGGCAAUGUGAACAGUCAGAACCUGCUGACUGCAAAGAAAGGACAGCGGAAAUGCAUGCCAGAAAUGGAUCACACACUCCUGGUGUGUCGAAAAGAAAGAGCUAACUCCAGUUUUAUGUAGUUCAAAAAUAAAGAAAUAAAGAAAUAAAACAAAAACUCAGGAACUAUUCCACUGGCAAAAAGAAGCAAACUGUUCUAGUGGGAAAGUGCAGCCAUUCCCGUACAAGGUUCAUCUCAAUGUUUUGCACAGUAGUUUAUAUGUUUAAUAUAAAUGUAAUUCCACGCAAAUCUACAUCAGUUUUUCUAUAAAAUAUAAGCAUAAAUAACGCCUGCUAUCCAGCAAAACAACAUUGUUGGUAAUUGGUUUAUUACAGUUCUAUUUCUCUUCUGCUACAUUGUUUCCAUUUAACAAAUGAUCUUUUUCUGAGUCCCAGUCUUAAAACAGGCAAUAUGUUUACAUUGAAACUUGAUUCUGCAUUCUAAAAGAGGUUUUUUUUUUGUUAAGUGUGAUUUCUGGUAGAUUUUACAUAUUUCUAAAUAUUUAUUUAAAACAAAUCUGUUCAUAAAUCGGAAAUCAAAAACAGGCAAUAAUGUGAUUUAUUGUCCAUUUGUAUAGUGUUUAUGAUGCAGAGGAUGUAUGCUUGCUCCAAUAGAGUAAUGGUUUCAGCGCAGUGCUGUCCACUUGGGGUCUGACCUCGCGUAUGGCGUCAUCAUUUUAUAGAAUUCAGUCUGGAAACAUGUAUUUAUAGUAAUGGUUCCAAUGCAACAACUCUGGUUUAGACUUGGCUUUGCUGGAGAUGAGCAUACGAUUUCCAAGUAUUAAUUAUAGUAGAGAGACAAUAUAUUAUCAAUGUUAACAUUUCAUUUAAGAAUGUCAUUUCUUGUUUAUUAAAUAUUAGAGACAGAUAUAUAAAAAGUGUUGAGAAUGUUGGGCAGAUAUUUUUUCCAAACAACUAAUUUUAAGAGAAUAUCCUACAGUCAGUGGCGUAACUACCGGUGGAGCAGGGGGUGCGAUUGGGCCAGGGCCUGUACCCCCUCAGGGCCCCCGACAGCUCGCUCGCCACUGACUCCUGCGGAAUUGCGGGCAGAAAAAAAGCGUACGGAGGGGGCGGGGGGCCCCGGCUGCACGUCCCGCGCCAGGGCCCACCCCCUCCUAGUUACGUUACUGCCUACAGUCAUUAUUAAACUAUAAAUAUUUAAGUAGGCUCAACCAAACUCACCAGUAAUUGAUGUUUUAUCUUUGUUCUCCACAGCAGUCAUCCUUAGGUUUGAGGAGAAUCCAUUUAAUUGGAGUGUAAAUAUUAUAAAGAAUUUAGUGCAACUCCGCUUUUGCAUACUGUAUGACUACACAGAAAUGUUUCAGAAGCCUUUUAGGUAAAACAUCUCAAAGGUAGGACAGUGUUACAAAAUGAUAGAUUCCUGGCUUCUUCUAGGUACAAAUUAAUUUGCAUUCUGGUGCCUGGGUGUCUCUGAAUGCUCCUUAUGUAUGAACCUACCAUUGUAUUUAUCAAUGAGAAGCACAUAAAGUCAUGCGUUAUGAAGGCCGGCUUUGCGCUUCAGUUUGUGUGUUGAAACUUCUGUUAUUACUAAGAUGUGUUGCCUCACACAGUAUAUGUUAAACACAGUACAGACAUAUAUUAUUAUCCUUUUAUAUGCAACCAUUUGCAUUUUGUAUUUGUAAAACCCAUCAUCUACUGAUCUAUCAAAGAGCUGCAGGCCGCAACAUGAUGACGGCACAAUAUAUAUAUUCUUAGAGAUUUGUUUCGUGCAGGACAAGAUGAAAUGGAAGACAAGAAAGUGUAUAUAGAAUUCUUAUAUACCGUAUUCCUUUAAUAGCAAACAUAUGGACCCGUACUAAUGCUAUGUUUUUCAAAGGACUAGUAACACAAAAAAGCGAUAAUUUGACGGAUUGGUCGUAUUGCACUAAAAUCGAUCCUUCAUCAAAGAAAAAUCUUUGCGUCCAUCGGGACCUUAAGAGAAGAGAGAGGUGCAGGUCGCAACAUGAAAACGGCACAACCAAGGUGUAUUCCUGUCCCCUAAAGUUAGUCCUCCUAUUACCAUAUAUGCUUCAUUAUCAUUUUGUCUCUCACUUGUUCUAUAUAUUUAUAUAUGUGGCAUCACUUGUAUAAGUGAAUGCAUACAGGAUUACAAGUGGUUGUAAUUUCAAGUACACUUCUUUCACAAAAGGGUUUACAAAAGUAAAGUGUUUUGAAGGAGACAUAGUCUUUGAGCCAGGUCUUAAUGGUAAAAUAUACCUACUCCUUUAGGACAUCUCUCUAAUAUAGUAUGUUAGCAGGGGCCUCCGUUCUUGCAUCUCAACACAAGUAGAAGUAGCUUGCAGUCUCUGGGAUUGACCCAACCAAAGCAAGUAAUGCAGCCGCCAUUACACACUAGUGUGUAUGUAAGCAAUAGAAGAAUGUCCCUUACUCUAUCUAAGUAAGUUGUUGAUGGGUUUUAUUUAAGAACAUGACCUUUUUCCCAUUAAUAACAAGACAACUAUGCAAUGCUGUGGACACCUGCAACUAAAAUACCUUUUAAAAGUAGCUGCUUUUUAAGGUUUGCUAGAACUUUAAAACUUUCCAUGUUAUUGGAAGUAUCUGUUUUUCUGCACAGUUGUGCCAGUUAUAUAACCGAAGGCUAUUCAAUGUAUUGUUUUACCCACAGUACGUUGUCGUUUUUCAGGAUAAGGAAUGAAGUCUUAACAACGAUGAGUGUUCAGGGACAGACCUUACCCUUUAAGUGUUGUCAUAGUUGGACGUGACAGAAUACUGAACCUAAAACAAAACAAAAAAAAAUACCUACAAGAAAAAGUCCAUAUUUAUGUGGUUCAAAUUAUUCUUGAUCUUGAAAUAGGCAAUAUUUACUUAAUUCUUUCUGUACACAUUUUUUUUAAUCCACCUUUUUGAUACGAAUGUAAAAAAAAAAUAAAACGUUCCGGAACUACUUACAAUGUAAGUUAAUGGGCUUUACAAUGAAACCAGAAGUCAUAAUAUUGGAAAGUGUCUGAUCAAUUUCAAGAACGUUACUUUACUAUUAUUGUAAUCUAAAUUUUCUCUAGACUGUACCUGGAGCACAAAUAUAGCUGGUUUGUUGUAUUUACCUUCAUUGGUUUUUUUUGUUUCCAUUUGGGCAGUGACCUUUAAUAGCUGGUUAUUAUUAAAUACAAGUUUCCUUAAGAGAAAGGGCAUAGUGUAACAUCCAGAGAAGGAAAAGCUUUCAUGACCAAUCAGAACAGGAGAUACUUGAGGCAACCUGUGCUCUAUGUGGUAAGCUGUGUUGUAAGACUGUUUGUACAUACUGGAAAUGACCUCAUAAAGACAAGAAUAUUGUAUAUUAGGACAUUUUGCCUUGCAGUAUCAUUAGAGCCCAUUUUUAUUCUAGCUUGUUUGACACUCCCUAGUGCUUUCAGAUUCAAAAUACAGAGUCCAGUAAUGUUUUAGUGAAGGCCCUUUUUGCUCUAAUGUCAAGGUCCCUUGCUACUAAUUGAUCUUCAUAGAGAAGAGCUUUAUUACAGUAAAAAGUACUGUACCAGGACUGGAGAGGUCAAUUAUAGUUUUUUUUAGAGAUUUGUUUUGUGCAGGACAAGAUGAGAUGGAAGACAAGAAAGUGUAUGUAGAAUUCUUACAUACCGUAUUCCUUUAAUAGCAAACAUAUGGACCCGCACUAAUGCUAUGUUUUUCAAAGGACUAGUAACACAAAAAAGUGAUACCUUAACACACACUUACUUGUUCUACAUUUCUGAAAAUCCCUCAUGUUUUUGUUAACUCAAACAAACAGCAGUUUUGGGUUGUUGGGCCUGCUUGAACCAGGUCACAUGUUUAUAUAUAAAGGGUCAUUUUAAAAAUCCAAUGACCCUUGUUAAGACGCUGUGCUUGGUCUUCCAGAUUUAACUUUUCAUAAAUGAAAUAUUUAUGACGUUUAAAAAAAAAAAAAAAAAAGUUGAGUACCUUUUAGGGACCUUGCCUAUAAUGAAAGAGCAUCUGUAUAGUGAUUCUAAAUGAAGUCUGUGUAAAUACAUAUUUAGCUGGCAGCACAUUUUGUAGAAGGUAGACUAAACCAAGCAAGUUUGGCAUUUGUCCCUUUUCCGUUGAGCGUUCUUGAUACUGGCUGAGUAAACCUUAACCCGGAGAAUAUGCUACAUAUUGUUAAGCACUCAUUUAUUGUAUAGAGUAUAAAACUCUUAUCCAUUCAAUACAGCAAUGGGGAAAAUGUGUAUAUUGUUACCUUCUCCUUUUUAAUGGUAUUUGAACCUUAUUCUGUUGGACUAUCUCCCUCCAGCGUCAAAGUAGUUAACGUUUUAAUCCAAAUGAUGCGCUGUGUACACAAAUGUGGAGAACCUGUGCUUGUUUCAUAAUACCAUGCUUAUAUUUAUCCAUUGUUGUUAUUACGUUGUGAUUCGCGCAUAGGAACCAAAUAUUUAAUGGCUAAUACCACAUGAAGGGUUUUUCUUGUAUGAAGGAUAAUUCUAUUUUUACUGUUCAUUUUGGAGUAAUAACAGCUUUUUGCACUAUGUAAAUACUAGUGAAAUUUCUUUCUUCUCUAAUAAAUGAAUGAUUGUA